AGUACUUCCCCUUGCUUUGGAAAAAUGUUUCAAAUCGUUUCACGCGCCUGAAUAAAACUUCCUGCCUUAACAGUAAAUAUUUUGAAGCAAAACGUUUUAUUAUACCUAAAUACUGAUUUGAUAUUCUUGUCAUGAUAAACGCUGAUGAAGUCGCUAAACUGUGUUACGAGCGUUUCCAACAGCUGCCCCGGAGAGGGAAGCCGGAGGCCGGCAGAGAGUGGAGCCUGUUGGCCGCUGUGCUCCGGGUCACCCGGAGCCUAAACACUGGAUCAGUUGAGAUGGAGGUCGUUUCUUUGGGAACUGGGACUAAAUGUGUCGGAAAAGCAGCCAUGAGUCCCGCCGGGGACGUGCUCAACGACAGCCAUGCAGAAGUCAUCGCCAGAAGGGGCUGCAUCAGGUAUCUGAUCCAGGAGCUGCACGGCGCCGUCAGCGGUCGCUGCAGCUCGCUGUUUCGCCCGGCGGAUCAGAGAGGGAAGUGGAGGCUUCAGCCGGGAGUUUCCUUCCUCCUCUUUACCAGUCACACUCCAUGUGGUGACGCUUCCAUUAUUCCCAUGACUGACUCCCAGUCCCAGCCCUGCCCUCCUGUUACAUCGGCGAACCGCCGUCCAGAGCAGGAUGGAGGGGGGAACCUGAAGAGGAAAGCUGAGGAACCCAGAGACGGAGGGAACAUUAAGCUACCUCGUCUCCAAGAGAAAGAGACAAAAGAAGAGGAAACGGGCUGGACUGAAUCCAGGACUUGUUCCACUAAAGCACCUGAUCCAGACGAGUCUGCUCCAGCAACAGCAGAGGAGCCUAAACCAGACGGCCCUGCAGAGCCGCAUCACCCAGCCUGUUCACGUCCACAGGUCACAGAUGUUCACAGGACGGGUGCCAAGUGUGUCCCUGGAGGCCAGGCGGACCCUCUGCACCCUGGGGCGGGCUACCACAGCACUGGGGUCCUCCGUGUAAAGCCAGGUCGGGGAGAGCCCACCCUGUCCCUGUCCUGCAGUGACAAACUGGCCCGUUGGGGGGUGCUGGGCUUCCAGGGGGCGCUGCUGUCCCACUACCUGGAGGAGGCUCUGUACUUCAGCACCAUCGUGGUGGGAAAGUGUCCAUACAGCCAGGAAGUCAUGCAGAGAGCCUUGGUGACGAGGAGCUCCCACGUGUCAGAUCUUCCAGAUGGUUUCUCCAUUUGUUCACCACUGCUCCUUCAGUCCAGUCUGGAGUUCCCGUUCAGCCAGAACCAAACCGAGCUCCAACACCGGAGCGAACAGGGACGCAUCUCGCCGUGUGGAGCAGCCAUCAGCUGGUGUAAUGUACCACAUCAGCCACUAGAUGUCACUGCCAACGGCUACAAACAUGGAGUCACCAAGAAAGUCCUGGGAACACCUAAAGCCAGGUCGCUUCUCUGCAAACUGGAGCUUUUUCAUUCGUUCCUGUCACUCGUAGCGGCAACUGACCCUUCAUCUCUGCCUGACUCUCUCUGGUCAGGCGAGCUGCACACGUAUUGGGACUAUAAGCAGGCCUCCCAGCCGUACCAGCAGGCCUGGCAGCAGCUGCGUCAGCAGGCCUUCCCUCUGUGGCCGCGCAGCGACAGAAACCUCCUCCUGUUUCACUGAAAACCGACUCCGCAGCAGGAAUGUCCUCGAUGAAAAAAACGACUUUGUUGCAGUGGGGACUCUGAGGUCCCGUGCAGAAACAUCCGCUGACCGGCAGAAAACUCUGAUUUCAAGCCGAGUACAGCAGAAUGAUUGGUUUCUCAUCACACCCUGUCUGUUAGCUCAGCUGCUCUGCAGCUCGGGGCGAGCAGUGGGACGCCCCGCGCUGCCCUGCUGCUCAAAGACUGAUGUCUGCAUGUCGCUGCUUUACAGAGCACUCUGAAAACACAGCUGGGAUGUACCUGCUGGAUUAGUUCAGCUUUCUGCUUCACAGUGAUCUGUCAGGUUUUACUUCACCUGAUGGAGAUUCUUAGACUGUUGGUUUAUUGUUGCUUUUUAAAAUCUCAACCUGUUUUAUGUUGUCAAGCAGCUUCUAACGGAGCAAUAUCUUGAUUCUACAGGUCGGUUAUUAUCUGAAUGGGGAAGCUGAACCAGAAUAGUGUUGAUUAUUACCAUAUAAUAAGAUGGGGGUAUUUUUAUUUUUAGGCC